UCCUUUUUGUGUGUUUCACAGACCGGAUUGAAUAUAUAAAAAUGUUUAAGAUAUUAUUGCUUGCGGCACUCAGCAUGUUGACAUAUAAAAUCUCUAGUUGCGAUGAAAAUCCUCACUUAUGUCGUCAGGUUGUUACUGUUAAUUAUACCGAAAAGGUUGAUAGGCCCUUGGAGGACUUUGGAAAUUUUGCCAAAUAUUUCCAGCAAUUGGGUAUACCUACAGGAAAAAAGCUGGUGACCCUAACCAAAUUAGAAGAAAAAGAAGUGUGUUGUGCUGGCUUCGAAAAAUCCACCGACGAAAAAUGUGUGCCCAUCCAACCCACAACAACAUCGACUACAGAAACUAUAGAUUUAACCGAAUCUACUGAAUCAUCAUCAUCAUCUCCGAAAUCGGAUUCAUCUGGCCAAGGAAAUGCGCCCAGCUCAUUGACGGAAUUGAAAAAUAACCACAAAACUCUCAUAUUGUCGGUUGUUAUUGGAAGUGUUGCUCUAAUAAUUGUUUUAGCCUGUGUGAUUGUUCUACGUAUUCGCCAAAAACGACGACUUGCAUUGGGUAAUAACUGCCGCCAAGUAAAAUUUAAUGCAGAAAUGCAAACAGCUCUAUUGUAAAAGUUAAAUGUUCACGAAUAGAGAAUUUAUAUGUUAUGAACGAAAAAUGAUUUAUCAAUUUCAUGUAAAGCACCGUUCUUAUCAGUUUCAUUAAAGUGGGGAAGCAAUAUAAGUGAAUUGCACGAUGAUAGGACCACAAGUACAAUAAUGAAACGUAAGUUCAGUCGUAUUAUAAUGUGUACUUGCGGAUUGAUAAAAAGCGAAGCCUUUGUUUGCAUAUAUGUAAAUUUUGUGACCGGAAUAGUUUUGUAAGUCCACCAAAGACAUAAAAUAGUAUUACUUAUUAAAAUGUCCUAUUGUUUUAUUUAUUUUUUUCUUUUUCUAAUUUAUUUUAAAAGCAAGACAAACGUUAAAAAAUAUUGUUGGAUAACCACUAUAACUAUUUAAAUGUGCAACUAGCAUCUAAGCAAUAUAGAUAAAUUCAUUUUGCAGUUUAAUAUGUCUUAUUUAAUAUGCUUUUUAAGCCUUAAUUACAUUAACAAUUAAUUAAUAAACUCCGCAUAGAAAUGCCUAUCGACUAUAUUUGCAUUCGGUUUCAAACGAAUUACUUCCCUUUUACUCAACAACAUCUCAUAUAAAUCUAUAAGGCACUUAAGCGAAAAAUAUUGUGAAUAAUUUGCCAAAAACGAAAUGAAAAGCAAGGCGGGUAAAAGUGAUGCAAUAAUUAAUGCACAUGAGUUAGAGCACUAACAUUUAUCGGCGCAAUCAACUGCAAUGACAGGCAGUCCAGAAAGAGCCAAUGCGCGUUUCAAGUUCGCUGCCUGAGUCUUUCGUUUUGGGAGAACCUGUUGCCUGGAUUGACCAACGCCAACAACAUUGAUCUUGUCCUAACCCGAGAAACGGAGCUGCUUGUUCGUGCCGCUUCAAUUGCGAAUGUGUGUGUGCCAAUGGAGAAUGGCUCGACCUAAAAAGCCAAAAGCAAAGUGAAUGCAACAAUAACAACAGCAACAACCAAUGCAGACGCAAUCAAUUAGCGAUAUGCUGAUGACGUCGGCUUGCCUGAUAUUAUUGUGGCUGCUAACGGCUGGUUUCUUUGUGGUUUCUUGUGUGGCUGCCACAUGUGGCGAUUGCGUCAUGGCGCCAUGCAAACCGUCUAGCGGUAAUUGACUUGCAAUUUCUUUUGCCCGCAACUUUUCGGUUGCAAAGAAAUUUUCCAAACCCAAAUGUGUUGCCACAUUUCAACAAUCCCACAGAGGCAAAUGAACGAACGCGGCGACCAAAUCUGAGUAUGAUUAAUUUUUGGCAUUAAUCACAAAGCAGAUCGUUAAUGGCCAAAAAGUAGCCAAAUUUUCACAAUGCAGAUUCAAAAAAAAUGCACAUAAAUUCUGCAAUAAAUAAUUUAAGAUUGUCCAUCUCAAAAUGGUUGGUUGGUUGCAACGUAUAGACCUUUCUAAUUCCUUAAAUAAAUUUAAAUAUUUUAAAUGCCCAGCCAAAACAAUGAAUGUGUUAAUAAUGCGUACAUUAUUUACUUUCCCUGUUUACUUCUUUUCAUAUUCGGAAGUCGAUUCGCGCAAUCAAGUUUCUUAUUGCGUGUUUACAUGCUUUUAAUCAAUUUAGGAAUAUUAUUAAUAUGAUUUCAUCGAUAUACCAACUUAAAUAUAUAUGUAUAUAUUUAUAUAGCUUUCCUUUUGUCAUUUUGAUUUGUAAAACUUGCAAGGAUAUUUAAACUACGUCCCCGUUUUUUCUGAGAUUAUUUCUUAACAAAAGUAUUUUUCUUUUAUUGCCGUUGUUUUGUUAAUUACAGUCAUUUAAGUGCUGCCUAAUUACGCUCCGCUCUAUAUUUUUAAACCAGCCGAGGUUGGUGGGAAAAGUUGUAAAGGUUUUAUGUUUGAUAAUAAAUGAAUGAAUGUGCCGUUUUAUCAUAUAUUCAUACAA